AUGGCUGCCGCACGGUUGCUGCUGCGCCUUGCCGGGCGCCUGGAGUCAGUGAGCUUCACCCAGAGCGUGUGUGGCCUCCUGGGCGCCGGUCAGGGACCCGGGCCGUGGCACACGCAUUGCAGCUUGGAGCGAGGACAGCUUGUCCUCUCUAGCAAUCCAUUCCCCGGAGCUUCGGAGAAGCUUCCAAUCCAGAGACCCCUUUCCUGCCCUUUUGCGGCUCUGGACCAACAGCCUGAAGUCUCCAGGACAGAGCCGCUCACAAAUAGAGGUGUGGAGCUGGGUGUGGUGGUCCUUCUUCAGUCCAGUGACCAGACUGUAUUGUUGACCCGAAGGACAUGCACUCUCCGCAUUUCCCCCAAUCUGUGGGUCCCUCCAGACUUCCUCUGCCCACUGGAGAAUGGGGUCGCUGGUUGGAGACAACAACCGUUCAUACUGGGCCCACUCCUCUUGCAGAUACUGGAGUGUGGGUUUGGAGAGCUCUGGGAAGAGUGUGGACUACAGCUGCCUCAGAACCAGUUUUCUUGUGUCCUUCUGGGGUUAUGGGAGUCUGCCUACCCCCCUAGGCUGAGCUGGGGCUUCCCCAAAUACCAUCACCUCAUUCUCUAUGUACUUGUGAUCUCCCGGGAGUCACAGGAGCAGCUCCAGGCCAGGAUCCAAGUAAAUCCAGUGGAGGUGAAUGCCUUUAUGUGGCUGGGACCAGAUGUAGCAGCGGCUGUGGCUGCCACAGAGGAUGGGACAAGGACACCUGGACUUCUCGCCCAGGACCUAGCCCUCUCUGUCUGCUAAGAACUUUUCCUUUAGCUUGCAACUGAAUUGAGGGAUGAUGGAGGAACCCGACCUCUGGUCCUGCCUGAGCCCACACUCAUGCGGACAACCCCAACCACAGCAGAGGAGGACAAAAAAAGAAUUGGUGCUGGAACCAAGUUUGCCCUCCAGCUCUGGCUGCAUCAUCUGGGCAGAUGA